UUUCUCUUGCUCUCACUACUCUUUUACUAAAAAAAUUAACAUACUAAAGCCUUAACACUCCCACAAGUUAAGAAACCUUACGAUCCAUCUCUAGCUAUACUUUACCAUAUCAUAUUUGCAUAAUGUCUAGCAGAAAAUCACGGUCAAGACAAACCGGAACUCCCAUGAUCUCCGAAGAACAAAUCAACGAUCUUGUCCUUCAGCUUCAUCGUCUUCUCCCCGAACUUGGUAACAACAGACGCUCUGGAAAGGUAUCAGCAUCGAGGGUAUUACAAGAGACAUGUAGUUACAUAAGGAACUUGAGCAAAGAAGUUGAUGAUCUUAGUGAAAGAUUAUCUCAACUUUUGGAAUCAACUGAUUCAGAUCAAGCUGCACUCAUCCGAAGUUUGCUUAUGCAGUAGAAUUAGUGCAAUACAUUAAGGGUUUAUUUUUAAAAUUUUUAAAAUUUCUUUUCCUUUUUAAAAUGUAUUCUCAGUUUUUAUUAAUUCCUCUUAAUGUAUUUAAAGAUCUUGAUCAUUCUGGCGC